AUGUCAGAUUCGGAGCCGAGACAACUUUCCAAAAGAUCGCGCGCCAGCGAGGUGGCCCAAGGGAAGAUGGUCUUAACCGAUGAUGUUCGCACCAAGCGCCGUCGUACAUCAUCAAUCGACAAGGGGACUCAGAAAGACGAUUCUUUGCGGCCUAGGAUGGCCGGAAGGACCGUGGCUUUGGCAACUGAUGCUGUUACUGUUCCGGAGGAUAUCUCUGAGCCUAGCGAGAGAGAACCGAAGGAAACCGCACGGAAUGCCUGGUUCCUGUCUGGAAUUGCCGCUGGAAGAUUUAGCAACUCUGAUCCCUUGUUCACUUCAGAUGAUAAGUACCUUUUUCUUGGUCUAAAAACAGCGGUCCACAUCUACUCGGUGACGAGUUCGCGGCUUUUUCGAGUACUAAAGUUGAAGUCCACCGACAAUGUAAUCGGAUACAAGCUCUCUCCACAAAAUUCGGAUCAUCUAUACGUUUUCAGCUCUACUGGCUCUGUGAGCAAAUGGGAUUGGUUUUCCGGCCAACGGCUUUAUAAUCGGGAUGCAUGCAGGCCAACAACCUGCAUCGACCUUUGUUCAGACGCUUCUGGAAAUGACGCCCUGUUCUCCGUUCAUGAUCGCGCAGAUUCGAAGAAGGAUAUUGUUCUUCAACUCUUAACUGACGAAGAGCCUUGCUCUGUUCCCUUGCUGACCACCAACACCCCGAUCACUCGUCUUAGGGUAGCAUACCAGGGUAGAGUUUUGGUUGCUUUUGGAGGCCAAAAUGUUAUUCUCGGUUCUCAAGCGCAUACUCCAGGCUCGAGCCCUGUCUCUUAUACCUGGAGCGAGUUGACUUUGCCCACGAGUAUCACAUCCGCUGAUAUUCGAUAUCAAACAGCCUCACAACGGGCAGGGAUCCCGGGUUACAAAGAUCGGGCAACCCUUGGAAAUGUCGAUCUUGCGCUGGGGGAAUCUGGGGGCUCGAUUAUGAUUUAUAAUGAUAUUCUCACUUCCCUACAGAACGAUAUCGGCAAUAGCAAGGCUCUUACCCCUAGGCGGCUGCAUUGGCAUAGGAGUUGUGUUAAUGUGGUGCGCUGGUCUAAGGAUGGUAAUUAUGUCAUCUCUGGCGGCAACGAAUCGGUGAUGGUUCUGUGGCAGCUGGAUACGGGCCGAAAGCAAUUCUUACCCCAUCUCUCGUCCCCUAUUUGCAACAUAACUCUUUCCACAAGUGGGACCCUCUAUGCUGUCAAAUUAGCAGACAAUUCCACCACUGUGCUAUCAGCGCGAGAACUCCAGCCAUUUGCCACCAUAAACGGCUUGCAGCUGUGCCCACCGACCAAGUCUCACAGUCGGUCCUCGACCAAGAGGCCUCUGUCAGUCGGAACAAUAGCCGCCGCUUUACAUCCGAAGCUCCCAGAUCAACUUCUUCUUACUGUUCCAGCCUCUCAUCAACUGACACCGGAAGGUCAUACUGUGGCGAACGCUUGCACUCUCCAGACCUACGACAUUCGCUCCAACAGCCAUGUCUCACGGCAAGCACUUGCGCGUACCAACACAACAACUUUGAAGGUUAGCCCAGAUGGCUCAUACAUCGCUGCACCAGAUGUCAGUCACUUGUCUCUCUCUCGAGACGGGAAGUGGAUGGCUACCAUUGAUAGCUGGAGCCCCUACACAAGAGACAUGCAGGCUCUCUAUCUUGGCGAUGAUCAUGGCGGACGCAGCUCUACUCAAAGCCAAGAAGCUUUCCUGAAAUUCUGGAGAUGGAAUAGCUUGUCCAUGAUGUGGGAUUUGGUGACCAGAAUUGAUACUCCUCAUUUUUCUGGCAAGGGUCCUGCGCGGAUUUUGGAUCUUGCUUCCCGUAAUCUUGCCCAUGAAUUCGCGACUGUCGGUGCUGAUGGAGUGCUUCGCUUGUGGUGCCCAAGCGUCAGGCAACGAAGUGGUCUUAAGACAGCAGGUACUGAACAAAUGUCGGAGACUUGGAAAUGUCGAAAUGCUAUUGACCUGAAGAGCUAUAGUGACAUGCAUAACCCUACAAGAUUAAAUGCAGCCUACAUGGAUUAUUCGCAGGAUGGGUCGGUGCUCGCCAUUUGCUUGAAUUCGGCAUCAUCUGCGGAUCCUGGUGUUACAUUAUUGAUUGAUGCUCAAACCUGUAGCAUCCGCUAUAGUAGGGUUGGGCUAUAUACAGGGGAUCCUUGUGGGUCGGCAUUUCUGGGCUCUCAACUCAUCAUCACCUCAACACGAUCCGUGUUCAUUUGGGAUAUUGUGCAUGACCUUGUCAGAACUCUCUGCUUCCCUGAUGCAGCUGAAAACGAACAGCCCUGUUCAUCACGCCUGUUAGCGGUUAGCAUUGAAACUAAAACUUUCGCCAUUGCCGUGCAAGUUCAUUCCAAGAACCCUGCAUCAAAGAAACGCCGACGAUCCGAACCUCAUGUACAGAUCUACGACAUCGAAACCCUCACCUUACUGUCUGAAAUCAUGCUUGAUAGCUCUCCCGUCGCUUUACUAUCUGAUAAACACUCCGGCGAUUUCGUCAUUGUCGAUGCUGCAGCCAAAGUACAACGGCUCAGCUGCCUGGGUUUAGCACCCCAAGCUAUAUAUGCGGAUGCACCAAGUGACUUGCUUGAGAACUCGGGCCUGGCAAGCUUGUUUGGUCAGCAAGAGCAGGGCAAUUCAACCGAUAGACAGCAAUUAACAACAGCGUCUAAUGGUGCGAAUGGUUCUUUGCAGACACAGCUGGCUAGUGUUUUUGGCGAUGUACCACCGUACGUCUUGCCUCCAGCCAAUCUCCUCUUCCGCGAUGUGGUCCAGGCUCUCUCAUGUUAG